GAUAUUCUUGGUCCCUGAAGUUUUCAUACUCAAGCUCCGAAAUUCAAAGAAUCCUCUCAUGUCUGUGAUGCAGCAUCGGAGUUCAGCUCAAGCACUUUUCCUCCAUGCCCAUGGAAGAAUCGAUCGAAGAGAAUGACCAAAACCACCGUAAUUAUUUUUUAGGCUACAGUCUAGGCAUCUACAGAGAAAUGGCUGAAAAAAUAAUUCUCGCUACAGUCGAUUUCUCGUUACGCAGGGCGCGGGGGCGAGGAGAGCAUAUGUGUACGUCUUUGAGGUCCUGGACAAAGAUCGAGAAAAAGUGGUAUCGUCCUAAACAAACCACUUAUGCGUGGCUUUUAGGGCUCCUCUUCGGAAAAGGGACUUUCCCAUUUAUCCACAUUUACUUAAGUACUUGCAAGGGUGAUUCUGCUCAAGAUUGCCGAAGCAAAAGAGCUAGCUACCUACCGUUGCAGUCGGAAGACCCACAGUCUGAAACAUCGGAUAACUAGCUAACGGAUAGAAGCCACCUUUCCACCACCUUUCCACCCAAACCCAACCACCCCAUCUUCUGCCGAAAUGCUUUGAAAGCAGUUCCAACAUUGUCUCUCCCACUCAAGAGAGUAGUUUUGUCUCAUUGUCCUCGCAUCAUCUGC